UUCUCCAUUCCAUUCUAUACCGCUAUACCGGUUAAAAACACGUGUUUGUGCGUAUUUAUGUUUAUGAAAAAAGUAUUUAAUUUAAUUUCUUAAUCCCUCCGUGAAGCGAAAUAUUCGCCGAGAGGAAACUUACUCUGCUCUUAUAUUUUCUGAAAAUUCAAAAAUGGCUGAAGAAGUAAAUCCAAAAGCUUAUCCGUUGGCAGAUGCUACUUUAACGACAAAAAUUCUCAAUUUAGUUCAACAGGCGAUGAGUUAUAAACAACUGAGAAAGGGCGCUAAUGAAGUCACUAAGACACUUAACCGAGGUAUUGCUGAAUUUAUUGUAAUGGCUGCUGAUGCAGAACCAUUAGAGAUACUUUUACAUUUACCAUUACUCUGUGAAGAUAAGAAUGUGCCUUAUGUGUUCAUUCGUUCAAAACAAGCUCUGGGACGUGCUUGUGGUGUUUCUAGAUCAGUAAUUGCUUGCAGUGUUACUAUCAAUGAGGGUUCUCAAUUGAAGCCACAAAUACAAACUAUCCAGCAGGAAAUUGAACGAUUAUUAGUAUAAGCAUAAAAUAUAGGUGUAACUUUUUUUUAUGUACCUAAUUACAUUUUUUUAGUACA